UAUAAAUCGGAAUAGAAUAUAUUUUUUAUUUGCAUGGUUUUUAUGAAAUUAUCAAAGUCUUGCAUUACGACAAAAUGGUGGAUCUACACGGAAGGGACAAAGGGAAUAUAUCACUUCCAUUGAAACUGCAUUCUUACAAAGAUGGCGAGGAUAGAAAUAUGCCAACGAUUAUUAACACCCAGAGAACAUUUUACGAUAUUAGAAUCGAGGACAUUAAAAGCGAAAUAAACAGGUUAAACGAACGAAACGAUAAGUUAUUAGAAAAUAUUGAAACUAAUAAUGAACUUAUGUUUACUGUGGAUGAGAAAACAGCAGAUGAGAUCUCAGACUUAUCUAAACAGGUUUCCACGCAGAAUGAUCGAGUGGAACAUUUAAAAAAUCAAAUCGAUACGGUAGAAAACAAUCGAGUAGAAGAUAAACGAUCUUACGAACGCAACGUGGAAUCGUUCAAUCAGAAAUAUAAAAAAAAGAAAGUUGAAUUAGUUUCUCAAAUCAAAGUUCUAAACGCUAAAAUCAACACUUUGGAAGAUUUUAAGAAAAAUCAAAAAAGCUUGGAAGAAAACUUUAAAAUGCGUCGUAAACGCAUGAUUGAAAACGAUGAAAAAUUGAAAGACAUUUUGGAGAAUAUCAAGCAAAAGUUUCGAUUCGACGAAGAAAUGCUAAAGAAUGAACUGUAUUGUCGUCUUCUCAAUUUGGCAGCUAAAUUUCAGCUAAAUACAAAUAAACACAUAAGUUUACCAAAUCAGAGAUUAAUGCGUGAAAAUAUCAUGUUACAAAAUGAAUUCUUGGAAAUUUCGAAGGAAAUUUCACUUAAAAAGGAAGUUGAAACUAAUUUCAAAAGUUCUGCUAUGGAACAGAGAAGAAAUAUUAUCGAAUGUCGUUCGAAUAUAAACGAAAACAUAAUAACAAAAAAAGUACAAAAUUCUGUGUUGAAAUCUUUAGAGAAAAUAUUUGGAAAAAUGAAGAAGCGUUUAUCUUUUGUCAAAAUCCCUGAUCCAGGAAUGGAAAAUAAAUGUUUGGCAUUGAUUGAAAGUGCUCAGCAAGAAGAAUGCAUGUCUAACAUUAAUCUUGCAAAAUUGCAAACUUUGCUUUACAAAGAAAGAACAAAAAUUGGUAUCACAAAGUAUUUACAGAGCAGAAUAGAGUGCAAAAUAAAGGCGGUUGUGGAAACACUUUAUGAUUUGAAGUAUAUUGUAACUUGUUUGCUUCAGUGUUCUGCAAGUGAAUCAGGUUAUGUUAACUUGCUUCUGCUUCUGCAAAACAAGCUUAUCAGGGGACAAUCAAAAUUUCUUUGCAGUAUUGUUAAAUCGAUUGAAAGUAUUUCACGAGAAAUAGAAUAUUCUGAAGAUUUGAAAGGAAUUCCUGAAAAUAUUGAUUCUGAAAUGUUGAUGGAAUCUGAUGAGAAAGAACCUUUGUUGAAUGCAGUUUUAAAAGAAACAAAAUCUGAAAUGGAAAGGGAAGAUGGAAAGGAAAUAUGUCCUGAAAGCAGUGCAUCUGACGAAGAAUCAUUACACAAAAUUCUUAAAAAUUUUGAUAUUGACUUAAAAGAAUCGUUGUUGAACACAGAUACUGAGUUCAUAGACGAAGAAGAGUCUUUGUUCGAUAUUAACGAAGAAUAA